AUGACAUCGAACCGUACCCGCCGUAUCGCCAAGGAGCUCGCAGAUAUCCAUGCAGACCAGCACUCGCAAAUCUUGGCUGAUCCGGUUGGGGGCGGAGAUGAUUUGACACAUUUGAGAGGCUCCUUUCGAGGGCCCCCCGGAACUCCCUACGAGGAAGGAACCUAUUAUGUUGAUAUCAAGAUACCCUCCGAAUACCCUUUCCGCCCGCCUGUGAUGAAAUUUAUAACCAAAGUCUGGCAUCCGAAUAUCAGUAGUCAAACUGGUGCCAUUUGCCUCGACACUCUCUCUACCGCCUGGUCUCCCGUCCUGACCAUCAAGUCUGCUCUGCUCUCCCUCCAGUCCCUCCUCAGCACACCCGAACCUAAAGACCCUCAAGAUGCGGAGGUGGCCAACAUGCUCAUGCGAAACCCGAAGGAGUUCGAGCGGGUUGCCCGACAGUGGGCUGUUCAGCAUGCAGGCGCCCCCAAACGGCAACUGGGCGAAAGUAGCGGCGGCGCCACUGAUGAAUCCAUCCGUAAACAGCAACUGAAGUCGAAGGAAGAGGAGGAAAAAGAGCAAUUGGCUGCGUACGACGGCUACAACAAGGACCUCGUCGAUCGAUUCUGUCAUAUGGGAUUCGACGUGUCACGAGUAGUAUCGGCUUUCAAGUAUGUUGGCAUUGAUCGGAUGGACGGCGAGGAUUACGAAUUGGAAGAAGCAUAUAUGGGUGAUGUUACCGCACGUUUGCUUGGGGAGCCAUGA